GUAGAGGUUGACAUUUGAAAUCGAAAUGUAAACAGACGCGCAGCCUUGAUUUCACAGAACGGGAAAUGAAACAUUAUCAAUAUCAUAUUUGGUGUUCGUGAUGAGGGAUUAAAAAGAAGAGCUCAAGAUGAUGGGAGAUCAGCUAAUCCUCGAGGAGGAUUAUGAUGAGAAUUAUCAACCCACGGAAGCAGAGAUCCUUGAAUAUGCCACCACAGUGAUUGGUAUUGACCCGGAGACAGAACCUCAUCUAAUGUGGAUAGCUCGGGAAGGCAUCAGCGCCCCACUACCAGCAGAUUGGAAACCAUGUCAGGACACUUCCGGUGGGGACAUCUACUACUUCAACUUCACCAGUGGUGAGAGCACCUGGGACCACCCCUGCGAUGAGUUCUACCGGAAGAUGGUCCAGGAGGAGAGGGAGAAACCUAAACCAGCGGGAGGUUCGGGAGGGACUGGAAAGAAGGAAGGGAAGAAGAAGAAAGAGAAGAAGGAGAAGAAAGAUGCGGGGAAGAAGAAUCAAGGCCCAUCUUCUUCUCUUGGUCCGCUGAAAGACAGUGCGCUAGGAUCACCCCUGGGAAGUCUGAAAGGCUCUGGUCAUCUUGGUACCCUAGGCACCCUACAAGAUCCAGGCAGCACUCUUGGGUCAACAUCAGGGAAGAAAGACACAGGCUUCCUGAAGAAGUCCCUGGAUACCAAGCCGUUGUCUAUAGCAGGCAAUAGGGAGGAGAAUAUACAGAUGUUACCAGAAUUCUCGGAAGACGAGCCAACUCCAAGAUUAAAUCUAGAUCUUGAUCUUCAAGAUAUUGGCCAACUGGGUUACGAGGAAUCAGAAGCAAGCGAACCGGCCUUGAAGCAUCUUCAUCCUUCUGACGAUGAAAGCGACGAAGAUGAUGUCAAUGUGGACUUCGGUAUCGAUGCCAAUCUCUCCAAGCGUCUUGGUCUUAUGGAUGCAGAUAGCCUCAUGCCAGCUACCAGUCCAGAUCCACCUAAAUCAAGGUUUUUAAAGAGUUCAAAAAAGGAACCAGAGAAAGGGCCAUCCUCUAGACCGCCUUUGUCCCUGGAAUCUUCUUUAGACAGCCCUCGGGUACCAGAUCUAGGCUACACAGGAACAAAGAUGGGUGGGGGCAUGGUCCCAUCUCUUGGUUCCUUGGCACCAUCCUCCGCUGCUCAUCUUCCCAAACUUGACACUGAAAAACUUCAAAGAGAAGCUAGAGAAGAAGAAGAGAAACUCAAGGCUAGCAUGGAGCAAAAUUUACAAUCAAAGAGAGCAGAGAUGGAGAAAGAUUUUGAGAGGGAGGUUGAAGCGGAGGAGGCGACACUGCGCAAGGAGCAGGAGAAAUCCCUAAAGCUGAUGAGGGAGCGUCUGGAGAAGGAGCUGGAGGAUGCCAAGCUGGAGCUCCUGGAGGACAAGGAGGAUCAUCUACGUCAGCUCAAGGAGGAGGCUCACAAGGAGGAGGAGAAGGAAGAGGAGGCAUUGGAAAAGGAGAAGGCCAAGAGUAUCAGUGAUCUGAGGAAGAGGGUAAAAGAGGAGACGGAAGAGGAGGAAGCAAUGUUGAUGGAAGGAAAGUCAGAUGCCCUCCGGAAACUGAAAGAGACAAUCAAGAAAGAGCAACAGGCUGAAGAGGAUAAAAUCAGGGAAGCGAAGGACAAGGCAUUGAAGAGUCUCAGGGAUGAGGUUAGGGAGCUGAGAGAGAAGGAAGAGGAAAAACUGGAGGAGGAGAAGAAGAAGGUGAUGGAUAGGAUUAAGAAGGAGGCGGCAUCUUACCAGGAGGAGAAGAUGGCUGAUUUGAAGAAGGGACAUGAAAUGGAUUUAGACAAGCUGAAAGAGAAGCUCAAAUCUGAGCAGCAAUCUUCACUGGAUGAGCUGAAGAAGACGUUUGAUGAGGAGAUUGAGAAAAAGAAGAUCGAAGCUAGUCAAAAACACAAGAGAGAUAUGGAUGAUAUUCUAUCUUCUCUACGGGAAUCUCAGGAAGAGGAGAGAAGGAGAGAGGAAGAGAAACUGAGACUAAGCCGUGAUAAUCAAGCUGCUAUUAGAGAUAUGGAGACAGGGAUGGAUAGUGUCCUUCAAGAACGUAAACUGGCGUUGAAGGAGGAGCAUCAGAAGGAGAUAGAGAAGAUGAAGAAGGAUCAAGAGAAGAAGAUACGAGAUAUGACCAGGGAACUCAAAGAUGCCGAACAAGAUGAGAGGAAAACAUUGCAGAAAGAGCACGAGACGGAGAAGGAGAAACUGGCAAAAAUCCACAAAUCAGCGCUCAAAGUGUUGAAAGAAGAGUUUGAGCAGAAGAAGGAGGUUUUACACAGCAGCCAUGAAGAUGAGGAAAGGGCAUUGAAGGAGGUCAGUGAUUCUCUGAGUGAGCGGAAGAAGGUCCUUGAGAAGCAGAACAAGGAACUUGAGAGAGAAGAAGAGAAGAUCGCGAGGAGAAGAGCCAAAUUGGAGGAAGAGAAAGAGAAACUACAGCAUGAUCAAGAGGAGGUUUUGGAGAUGAAGGGAAGGGGUGGAGACACCUCUCAGAUGGAGGAUAUGGAGAAGGAGAGACAAGAACUGGUUGCAGCGAUCAAGAAGGAGAGACGGAUGCUGCAGGAAUUGGAGAAGGAGAAGAAACAGAUGGAGGGGAAAGUGAAGAGUCUCCAUGCACAGUCUAGACAUUUAAAUGGGGGACUCGAUGAAGGGAUGACCAACGGUUACCAUGACAACCCCUCCACACCACAUGACGCACGUUCCAGGAGGAAAGCAGACAUUCCAGACACACCAGAUGUCGACGUAUUGGACCUGAAUGAGCUUGACCCUCUCACGCCUUCCCCUACAAAACAGGUCCGUCAAAUGGUACAUCCCAGAGACCUGGCAAAAUCUCCUACUGGUCGGGAUGUUCCAUUCUCAACAGAGCUUGAUGACGAAGAUGACUAUGAGAUGCCACGUUCGGGAAGGAGAUAUGCCUCUCACAAGGUAAGAGGAAAGCGAGCUGCAUAUGACGACGAUCAGAUGUAUAAUCCUCCCCUCCCAUCGAGACAUAGAGGGCGCCAUGCGUGGCAAUACCUGGAGUCUGACGCAUCGGAGGAGUUUGAUGAUGCAACAGCCAGGCGGCAAAUGGCUAAGAGUGACCUUCGUCUGCGUCUUGCGGAGGAGAAUGGAGCCAUCCGUCGAGCCAAAGACUUCUUGAAGCGCCAAAAGAGACAGCUUCAUCAGCAGAAAUCAGCUUUAGAGGAUGCGAAGACGGAAUGGAGGAGAGACCUCAGACAAGGCUAUGAAGAGAACGGAGACACGGUGAAAGGAACACCACUUGUCUACGAAGAUGUGCGACUUGGAUUGGAGAGGGAAGCACUUGAGUUGGACAAAGCCUUGGUGAACUAUACAACUGGGAGCCGUUUGGUGAGAGAAAAGGAGUAUAAACUCAAGAAACUAGAAGAGUCUCUCAAUGACAAAGAUAUAUACAGAGGUAGAGAUGUUGGCCAGCAUUCGGAGGCAAACCAAGACACCAUGUUUAUUUUGAGUGAUUCCUCAGGGAGCAGUCCUAGGACCAACAGCAGCACCAGUGGGGAUGAGUCUUUUAAACAAGAUAUAGGAGGUCACAAUUCUAAGAAGAAGGGGAAAGUGAAGGGAAUGAAGCAAGACGAGUCGUCUCAAGUUAUCUCCUCUCUGAACAGUCUGAACGCUCAGCUGCAGAACGUGAUGUCUGUGCUGAAACAACGGGAACUCCCGAAUGCACCCGGUGGCCCCACACCAGGCACUUACUCCACCUCUCCUACAGGGGGAAUACCUCUUCAGAAUGGUACUCAUGUACCCUACUCCCACCCACCUCAUGAAUAUGCAAACCCUCAUACAUAUGCCCCGCCCCCACAGUCUGCUUUACCUCGUACUUCAUAUGCAGUGCCUUCGACUGGACCACUCCCUUAUCAUGGCCCUGCGGGGGCUUAUGAUUAUUCAUCAGCUGGUAGGCGUGGCCUAGGAGGGGGCAGUGCCGAGAGGCCGUACACGGUAGGAGGGGGCCGAUUGUUUGAUCCUGUCAAUCCUCAGUAUGGGGCGGAGUCUGCUGAGCAAGCCAUGGGGCGGAAGUGGAGGAAAUAUUUUGGAGAUGAGAGGAGAGCUGGUGCUCCAGGUUUUCCAGUAACAGGCAAUGAGAAACCAACAUUUGGAGGUUACAUCUCAGCUAGGGACCAACUGAGAAGUUUCAGGGAUCCUGGCCCAAUGACCUCCAGACCUGUUCCUACAUCAACAGACCAAACCUCAGGAACUCAUAACCGACUGGUUGAGCUCAAUGAAUGGUUGAAGAAGCAUCGGAUGAGUGGGGCGUUGAACGUCACAGACCUGGACCCUACUGUAUCUGGGAGUGAGAGUCGGCGAUCAGCGACCAAUUCCAUCGCAGGGACCAGCUUGGCCAGUCAGAAACCAGCCCAGACCAGGCUUGAGCUAGACUCCAACAACCAGAUAAGAGUUAGAGAAGUCAGGUGAUUUGUAUGUACCACCUGAUAUUUCAUCAUGUGAUUGAUCAUGUGACCACACCCUGGAGGUUUUACCAUUCAAAGGAUGUCCAGUGAUUCACUCAUCACCUGAUGUCAAAUCAUGUGAUUGAUC